AUGUAUGCGAAAUGCUUUGAUACAGUAAUGUUUUACUAUGUGAUUUUAGUGUAUUUAGUGAAUGUCACUUUUUGUCAUUUUCAAAUUUCCCGCCAGUUCCGUCCCCGUACGUCCCGACGCUCGCAGGGGACGGAACCAAGAUAACAGAUGCCGGCAUCCGCCGGAUUACAUUACAGGGGACACUGAAAGAGGGACAUCGCGGGAGCGCAGGACAAGGUAAGUGAAGAACAGAUGCUGGAGCAGCGCCGCAUGGUAAGCCCGAGUGUAGCUCGGGGUUACCGCUCUUGCUACACUCGGGAAUACCGUCAGGGAGGCUAC